UAUACCAUUGAGAGGUUUAUUAGUUAGACGGCUCGGACAUUGUUGUAGUCUAUUUUAAGCAGUAUAGGAGUCAUUGCCACUUCACCGCUCUAAAUUCUUGUCCAAAAAGAGGCUUGCAGCGUGUAACGCCUGAGUGACGAGCAAACGCUUCAUUGAUUUUCGGAAGUAAAUGAUGGCACAUACCGGUCAUGGUGGUGUAAACCAGCUUGGUGGAGUAUUCGUAAAUGGAAGACCAUUACCAGAGGUAGUCAGAAGAAGAAUUGUAGAGUUGGCUCAAAGUGGUGUUAGACCAUGUGAUAUAUCAAGACAACUACGAGUCUCGCAUGGUUGUGUCAGUAAGAUUUUAUGUCGAUAUUACGAGACUGGGUCAAUAAAACCUGGUGUCAUUGGUGGAAGCAAGCCGAAAGUUGCAACCCCGCCUGUAGUAGCAAAGAUUGCCAGUUACAAACGACAAAAUCCCACAAUGUUUGCAUGGGAAAUUCGUGAUCGUUUACUCGCUGAAGGUGUUUGUGCCAAUGAAAAUGUUCCCAGUGUUAGUUCAAUCAAUAGAAUAGUGAGAAAUAAAAUAGCAGAAAAACGACCUUCUGUAAGUGGCCCCGAACAUGGGCCUUUAAACACCCAACUCACUAGUAUUAGUGAAAUCAAAGAUAUAAACAUGAACAACAUCAUUCAAAGACCUUAUUCAAUAACUGGCUUGUUAUCUAUGCCUCAACUUGCUCAAGUACAAAGUCUUCAUAACGGGAGAAGAAAACAUUCUGUUGAAAGCACAGAAAGUACAGGCAGUGGUCAUUCAGAUGGCGAAGAUGGAGAGGAAAACUGUCCAGAUAUUGAUUACAAAUCUCAAGAUACUAAUCCUAGACGCUCGUUUGCCCAAGUACAGCUCGAGGUUUUAGAGAAUGAGUUCAGUAAAUCUAAUUAUCCUGAUGUAUUUAGUCGAGAUGAACUUGUAAACAGAAUGGAUUAUGCUGAGCAGCUGAGAAGUCAGCAGGUCUGGAUCAACAAAGAUCAAAGCAACGAAAAUUCCAAAGACAGUAACAAUAAAGCGAAUUCUCCACAGAUUUGUACGUCGACAAUAAUUCCACCACCAUCCUAUACACCUUAUUCCAUGUCUUCAAAUGCUAUAACACCUGUUGAUGGAUACUACAAUCAAAAUAAUAUUCAUGUCAAGUCCGAAUUGACUGAGCUGCAUACUGUAUCUGAACCUUCACUUAUGCCUGGCCUUUCACCACAACAAGAAAAACUGGUAAAUUUUUCAGGUUAUGACAUGAUGGCGAUGCAGACUCUACAUGAUGGAUUUGAGGGCAUACCGAGUACAUUGUCAGGAAAUUCCUUGAACAACAGGACGACACAAAUUAAUGGAUUAUCAAAUGGAAACAAUGGUGGCGUUAUGAAUAUACAGUCACCUACCGAAUUCGUUCAAAAUAAAUCUCCUACACUACGAGUCAUUAAUAAUGCUCCAUCAAGCGUUGUACGAUCACCGAGUGAAGUGCAGAAUUCACAAAGUGCCCCAGGAACACCACUGACAAGUCCAGCAGUACCCCAUUCACCCAGUAUCAAUCCAUCUUCAAACAGCAAUUUUAAUUUUGCUUUACCUCCCGUUAGUACAUUUACUAAGAGUCCUGUUGUUCCACCUCAUGGAGAUCUUCCUCCUCAGUUUUCCCACACACCUUAUAACAGCAGUUCUUCUGCCAAUUAUAAUGGAACACCUGAUCAGUGGCUGCCAUAUCCUGGACCACAAGGAUUUAUUGGAAGACCAAUGUUUCUCAAUUGGUCUCAAGGGCAGACAAUAUCCACUCAAUCGAAGUAAAAGCGGAGUUUACAUUUAUCGUCGAGUCGAAUAUUUUUGUGAACGAGACUAAAAACUAAAACCAAGUUUUGCAAGUGCUGUCUCGGGUCUUAUUCAGCAAAUGAAAUCAGAAUUUAUAAAUUGUGCAGCGUUCAUUAUUCUAGGAUUAUCACUGACAGUUGAAUGAAUAUGAUCUCUACUCUAACGUUCAUGAUGUUAAAUGUAUAUGUUUCCCAUUUACACUCAAAUUAUUUGAAUGAUAUAAAUCUAAUACCUCGGGCUGUCUUAACCUUUGUAAUAUUAGUUUAUUCAAACACGAACCCCAACCUAAAAGGAAUUAUUUUAACCUACAAACGAUUUAUUUAAUCAAAAACAUUCGCCACUAUUUGUCAAAACGUACGUAUAGUUCCCCAUGUGUAAAUAUAGUUAAAAUAUGAGUUUUGAGAUCUAUUUUUGUAAUUCUAGACAGUCAUUUGCGUACUUUAAUACAAUUUUUUCAAAGCGUUUUUCAGAUUAGUGGACUUGUAAUCCAAUAAUUCCAAUUAAAUUUACAAUUAACGAAUAAAA